ACGACUUCUAGAGUUUAUCACGUCGAUAAAAUCGAAACGGGCGCUUCCUGGUAACAUUUUAUUUUCUCUCGGAAAAUAAUCUUCCAAUUGAAUUUGAUGAUUUUUGGAAAAUUUUCUUUUACUUGGUAAUUUGCAUAUUCGUCUGUAAAAUCAAAUACGAAAUGUUCGUUGAUAGUAUGACUCGCCGUGCAAUAUGUGUUAAAAGUUUAACGAAUAGUGCGGGUCGUCUGUCCUGAUUUAUUUGAAAAACACGUGUUUCUGUGAACUUUGACCCAUUCAAAAAAUAUAACCGCCACGGAAUUCAAUUUUUCGAAAGAAAUGGGCGAACUCAAGGUAUCUUUCAAUCAGUGUCAGUUAAACGGAAACGGUUUUUCCGUGUGCAAUGCAUAUUUUUAACAUGACAUCUGGGAAAAACACGAAAAUCUAAUACACAAUGAUAUGUUGGACAAUUAAAUAGAUAUGUUGAUCGCGGGGGAUUCCCCUGACGCGAUAGUGUACAGUGCACUCAUUGAAAUUUGUAACGGGCCAAUAACAAGAACAACAACAACGACUUAAUUGCAACUUGAUUUUUUUAUUGAUUCCGUAUGUGAACUUUCUGCAAAACAUUCAUGGAGUGUAUAUAGAAAAUAAGUGAAUACGUGCAGAUGUACUAGUGGGAGCAUGACCGAGCUUUUUUUACUCUUUUUCUAUGAGAACCUACUUGUAGUGAUGAAGACGACGCAUGUUAAAAUGUUACAGAAAUUACAUAAGUUUUGUGACUGUAGUUGAUAAUAAUGACAACAACCACAAUGUCAACAUGCCGCUUAAUUGAAAAAUGUAAGGCUAUUUUUUGAAAAAUAUCGGGGAGGUGAUGAAUUGACUUGCUCUAAAAAAUAUUGAAUAAUUGGAUAACCUAUUCAUCAGAUUACGGCAGGAGUACCUAGGAGAGAUGUGCGCUACAUGAAGGACUUCACUAGGAACAAUUCAGAUUGUAAAUCGCUACCGAAAAUGUUUUCAAUUUGAAAUGCAAAUCGACGUUUAAUAAAAUUAAAUUCAUAUUAUCUUAAACGAAACAUCAAGCCAUUACACGACUACAAUUAAAUCAAAAUGGAUUGCUGUAGUAAAUACCCCCCGACCGACUAUCGACUACAUUCCACAAUGUUCGCGUCAGGGCGACUGCCCCAUGCUAUGGGUCGGGCAAAUAAUAGUGUACCAAUUCCCGGCGCCUUCUACAAUCAUCUUCAUCCAACAUCAAUGAGAUAUCCGCAUUCCAUGUAUCGAUUAACAGCUCCCGGUGGCGGUGUUGGAUAUAAUGUAAUUGGGCCACCUCCACCGGUUCCAUCGUCCCUAUCUUCGGCGUCGUCGGUGUCCUCAAAUUCUUCCGUUUCGCCAUCGUCACAGUCGCCAGCAUCCCCUAAUCUGCACCCCACGUACGAACGAUAUGGAAAUUACGGAAAUUUUCCAGCAUAUGGCUACGGGCACAGGGACGGAGAAGCUGCAGGGAACAAUUUCAACUAUGCAAAUUUAAAUCAUCGAUUAGACAUAAAUUGCUACUAUGGUCGGCCGUACGAUAGUUACAAUCGAUUCGCAGCUAACUUUGCAUAUCGAAAUGCUCCCUCAGAUUGCGAAAUGCUCAGCAAUCGGCCUAGCCAUAUGAAUUACAGUAGUCUCUAUGGGCAUCCGGUGUAUCCUGAGCUUAGACCAGGACCAGGACCAAGUCCAGGUCCAGGCCAUGGGCGGCAUCACUAUUAUCACUACGGACGUAAUGGAUCCUACGAUACUCAUCCCUACAACUAUAUGCAUCUUCCACAUACUCUCAAUCGGGGUACCCUGCCUCUGGAGCAUCCUCAGGUGAACGGUUCUUCCAACAGUCCGUAUGCAAUACCUGCAGUGUCCGAUAUCGGUGCAGGGAGUGGGACUGAAAGUAGCACAUAUGGAAGCCAAAGUAGAAGGACUUCAUUUUGCCCUGGUGAAAUUGCAUCGACUUCUUCACCACUUCCCACCGGCACUGAGAAUAGGAAUGACGACUCAACCAACAAUACAAUAUCUCAUCUACGGAAUUUGUCUUCUGCAAGCGGAGUUCAGUGUAGUAUGCGUCCUGUAUCGCCUCAUAGAACGUCACACCAGCAGCAACAUGCAACAGACGGUCAAAGUGCAUUUGACACGAAAGAGGAAAAAGCAAGAAAGUUCAAAGAUAGAGAUAGAUAUCCGAAACGGCAAGCAGAAGGAAAAACUCCAUCAUGCUCGUCCCCGCUGGGAUCACCAGCACCACCGUCAAAUCGAGCGGAAACGCCUUUUCCAGUUGAAUUUCCAGGCAUGUCAAACAAUCAAACCAAUUAUUUUACCGGAAGCCAGACAACAUGUAGUCAACAGUCUCCAUAUUCAAAUUGUUCACCCUACAGUUGGAAUGAACAAUACAGCCCCAAAUCAGUUAGGCGGCGAUUACCUGAUGCACCAGCAUCUCCUUCAAAUUUUGUUAAUAAAAAUCGAGUGCUCGAAUGUGACUUCAUACCUAGUAAAAAAUCACGGAAAAAAAUCACAACAGAAGAUAGUGAAUAUUCACCAGAAAUGCGUGAAGAAAUUAAGGACAUAACACCAUUACCAGGCUUCCAACAAGCUUUCGGUUCCACAGAAAUCGGCCGAUUUUCGGAAAUAUUUCUAAAUACUCCCGAAAGGGUUGAUUACUUUUGCGAAUCAGAACCGGACACAUUCAGUCCCCAACCAUGGGAAGCUGGAGACUCUUUAGAAGGUCCACACUAUAAUCUCCACAUAGGAGCUACAGUCGUACAACCUGACGUAUACUCUGAAAAUCAUAGUUCAACCGAUUCGCCUAUAGAAACUAAUUAUUUCAAUGAAAUACAAUGUAGUGAUUAUUGAAUAAAAUUCAAAAUGACUCUAUUAUACUACAAAUAGUCAUAUAGGUAAGUGUUUCGGAUUUUUCCAAAUAUAAAAGAUAAAAUACAAAAAAAAAAUGUAAAAUCAAAUAUGAAAAACUAAAAUGAUUUAUAAAAGAUUUUUUAAGUAAAAUAUAACAAAUGUAAAAUAAUGUAUAAAAUGAAUAGGAAAUAUGAAGACUAAUUUUUUUGUUUGUUUUUUAUAUUUUAAAUAAUAAUUUCCUAUUACUUUUAUAUGCUAUCCCAUAGUUCAAAAAAUUA